AUGGAGAGACUGAUGGAUUGGUGCAAAAGAGGGAGGGGGAAGGGCAGAGGGGAGGAAAAGGGGAAAGGGAGGAGAGGGGUGACGGGAGGUGGUGUUGGAGGAGGUGCUGGUGGAGGAGCCAAUGGUGGUGCUGGAGUUGGAGGAGGUGCAGGUAGUGGUGGUGCUACUGGUGGUGGCGUUGGAAGAGGUGCUGGUGGAGGAGCAGGUGGAAGUGCUGCUGGGGGAGUUGGUGGUGGUGUAGGAGAUGGGGCUGAUGGUGGAGUUGGGGGUGGAGCAGGCGGGAGAGUAGGAAGAGGGGCUAGUGGAGCCAUUGGUGGUGGUGUUGGAGGUGGAGCAGGUGGAGGCGUGGGAAGAGGGGCUGGAGGAGGCCUUGGCGGAGGUGCUGGAGAUGGGGCCGAUGGUGGAGUAGGGGGUGGAGCAGGCUGCGUUGCUGCUGGGAGGCAGAGGUAA